AUGAUCAAUCACAAUGCUGUUAGGCGAAUACAGUUAGAACCACAAGUUACUCAACGUAUUAAGUCCCCUUCUAAUUAUGGAUCAGCAAUUUGGCAUGCUCAUGCAUUGUUGACAAAAAAGAAUAAAGAAAAACUAACACCUCUACACGUGGCUAUUCAAGCUGGACAUUUGGAUGUUAUCAAUGAAAUGCUCAAAUAUGCUGAUGCAUCGGUGAUUACUACGUGUGAUGACCAACAGCGCACAAGUUUGCAUAUGGCUGCUGCAAAAGGUGAGAAAAUGACUGUGGGUCAUGUUGGUAUUGUCGAUGCAUUUCUCGACCAUCGAGCUGAUUCACAUGUUUGCGAUAUCAACGAAUGGACACCAUUACAUCAUGCAAAGAUCAGUUUACUGUUAACAAGUGGAAUAAAGACUCAUCAGAAGAUGUAA